GCUUCGUAAAUGCUUUCUCCGGAAGCUCUCGAAAGCACUUCUGAUCCUGGGGUUGUUUACCUUUCUUCCAUCCCAACCGGCAUGAAUGUGGCCUUGGUGUCAGAUGUUAUGAGCCAAUUUGGCACAAUGGGACGCAUCUAUCUGGUUCCGAAAUCUACAAAACCCAAGAAGUUUCGUCAGUACGAAGAAGGCUGGGUUGAAUUUAUUGACCAUAAAUGCGCUAAACGUGCGGCAAAACGUCUUAAUUGCACCGAAGUGGCCGGGUCAAAACGCAAUCCAUGGUACGGUGAACUAUGGAAUAUUCGAUAUCUCCCGGGUGCCUCUUGGAAUGACUUGUUUGACGCUGAGCGGGAGGAACAGGAACGUAUACGGUCGGCGCAUGACCGAAAUAUCAUCGCCGCAAAACGCACCGCUCGACAAUUUGCAGCGGCUUUAUCCACUGCCAAGCUUGAAAAAAAGCUGGAAGCAGUCAAAGGAAAAAAGUUCAAAAAACGUCAGCCCACUGAUCUUUCAGCGCGACAGAAGCCGACCGAAACCGAAAUCCUUGAGCGUCUUGCUCGAUCUCAUCGAACUCCUCCAGAUCAUUGCUCCGGUCUGAGCGCGCUUACCAACAAAGACUUCAUGAGCAGUUUGUUUUCCGGUGGCCUGUGACGAUUUGACCAUCAUGUACACUUAUUUCGAACUCUGUAAAUAUGCACAGUCCAAAAUCAACUAACAUCUUUAC